CUUAAACUGUGUCGGGAAGCCACAGGCAAGAUGACCGAAUGGAUAGAGACAGAAAGCUAGAAGAAGAGAAAAUGAAUUAAGUCACUACUUUGAUAUUUCAUAUUAUCGUGUCCCUUUCUCCGUCAGGGGACUCAGACGCUUACAAGGGUAAUGGGGACUCAACCCGAGCAUCUCCUGUGGACAGCUAACCUACCCGCCCCGCCCCCCUAGGAGUAGUACACUUUAUCCGGAAUAGGCGGAGCUUCCGGUUCCGGUGGGGCAGUCUGUAGCGAAGGAGAUGGCGGCGACAGCAGCGGAGGCCGUGGCCUCGGGCUCUGGAGAACCUCGGGAAGAAGCUGAAGCCCCCGGCCCAGCCUGGGAUGAGUCCCAACUGCGCAAUUAUAGCUUCCCGACCCGGCCCAUCCCGCGUCUGAGUCAGAGCGACCCCCGGGCGGAGGAACUUAUCGAGAAUGAGGAGCCUGUGGUGCUGACAGACACAAAUCUUGUGUAUCCUGCUCUGAAAUGGGACCUUGAAUAUCUGCAGGAGAACAUUGGCAACGGAGACUUCUCUGUGUACAGUGCCAGCACCCACAAGUUUUUGUACUACGAUGAGAAGAAGAUGGCUAAUUUCCAGAACUUUAAGCCCAAGUCCAACAGGGAGGAAAUGAAAUUUCAUGAGUUUGUUGAGAAACUGCAGGAUAUACAGCAGCAAGGAGGGGAAGAGAGGUUGUAUCUGCAGCAAACGCUCAAUGACACCGUGGGCAGGAAGAUUGUCAUGGACUUCUUGGGUUUUAACUGGAACUGGAUUAAUAAACAACAGGGAAAGCGUGGCUGGGGACAGCUGACAUCCAACCUGCUGCUCAUUGGCAUGGAAGGAAAUGUGACACCUGCUCACUAUGAUGAGCAGCAGAACUUCUUUGCCCAGAUAAAAGGCUAUAAGCGAUGCAUUUUAUUCCCUCCGGAUCAGUUUGAAUGCCUGUACCCAUAUCCUGUUCAUCACCCAUGUGACAGACAGAGCCAGGUGGACUUUGACAAUCCUGACUACGAGAGGUUCCCCAAUUUCCAGAACGUGGUUGGUUAUGAAACAGUGGUUGGCCCUGGUGAUGUUCUUUACAUCCCAAUGUACUGGUGGCAUCACAUAGAGUCAUUACUAAAUGGGGGGAUUACCAUCACUGUGAACUUCUGGUAUAAGGGGGCCCCCACCCCUAAGAGAAUUGAAUAUCCUCUCAAAGCCCAUCAGAAAGUGGCCAUAAUGAGAAACAUUGAGAAGAUGCUUGGAGAGGCCUUGGGGAACCCACAAGAGGUGGGGCCCUUGUUGAACACAAUGAUCAAGGGUCGAUACAACUAGCCUGCCAGGAGUCGAGGCCUCCUGCCAGGUGACUGCUAGCCCGUCCACACCGCUUCAUUGAUGAGGACAGGAGACUCCAGGCGCUAGUAUUGCACGCUGCACUUAAUGGACUGGACUCUUGCCAUGGCCCUGGAGGCAGGUGUUUGGGGCAAGGCAGGGUGGUUGGCACUCCACUCCCAUUUGGAGGGACUUCUUGCCCUUGCCUCUGUGCCCCAGCAUCUUCCCUCUCUGCCCCCUAAGGUCCUGCAUUCAGUGUGUGGAGUCCCAGCUUCUGGUUGUCAUCACAUCUGUGUGUGUCAGUCUGUCACCCUCAGGAUGUGUGUGCGUGUGUGUGCAUGCACACGCAUGUAUGUAUCUGUUUCUUGCUUUCUCCUGGGUCAGGAUGGCGCUGCUGGCUCUCAGCCCUGUCUCCUGCAACCUCAGUGCCUCGGCCUGAGAGAGAGGAGAUGGUCUUGGACACCCACCACACCUGGGCUGCAGGGCCAGAGCUCUCCUGACCAUCAGGUCAGUCUGCCUCCUUCCAGUUUUCGCAGAGUCAGGCUCUAGGCUGGGUGGGAAUGGCCACCGGGACUCUUCGUGGGGAAAGUGAGAGGGAAGUUUGCCUCUAUGAGCCUAGGUAGGCUUCCUGUGAGAGAAUUAGACAAGGUUCUGACUCGGACCUGUAAGCUCAAGCCAUACAUAGAAAACAGCCUUGGGGUACGAGAACCAAGGAUUGUGUAUAAGUUCCAAAUUGCAGACACAUACAGCUUCUCUCUUUCAGCACCAGCUCUUGGCUCCCUGUGCUGAGUACCAAGGGAGUCCUCCUGUAGUGGCUUCUCUAGGUUCUAGGGGUAUAAGCCUCUGUGGAUGUGUGUGUGGUGUGUGUGUGCAUGCGUGUGUGUGUCCACACUGGCCUGCCUCUCUGCUUACCAGGUUUCUCCACUGCUUAACCUUGUCCAGUGGGACAGACAGUGUGAGCCCCAGGGAAGUACCGCCUGACCUAGCCUAAAGCUUUUACACUUAGUUUUAGCCAUUGGACACUCUUCGGGUCUCACUGCAAACUGCCUGAGGCUGACUGGCUAGAGCGUCCAGGCCCUGUGACCCUCACUCCCCAGGCCACGUCCUCUUCUGCAGUCCUUCCUGGCUGAGUAGAUGAAAUGGGGUCAAGCUUAGGCAGCUAACUUGCCACUGUCAUCCACCUCAGGGCAAGGACAAAAAUGUAGCCUUGCCUCUUAAAGCCAGCUCCUCUGCCAGACCCCACUGUAAUGUUCCACAAACACUCUUGAAAGUCAGGGCAACCGAUGGAGCACAGAAGUGGAAUUUUUUUUUUUUUUUCCUGUUCAUUGUUACUUGUGGGAACCCGUGUCAGGGCCGCAGCUUAUAGCUGGGCACUGCACCACUUGAAGGGCCAUCAGUCACAUGACUCAGUGGAACUGGGGCCCCUGGAAUUGGGCAGUGUGGUGGCCCUGUGUCUUCUCACCUCCAGUCCCAUCUCCAUGUCCCUUCUUCCUGGAAGGAAAGAGGAGCUGGAGUUGGAAAACUGAUUUUAUCCCCCCCCCCUUUUUUUUUUUUGCCAAAGGUUUACUUUCAGUGUCUGAGCUGUGGCUCUAAGUCCCGAAGCUCAGUUUACAGUUACAGCGCACUGAUGGACUGAGAGGGUGUGUGUAUGUGUGUGUGCAUCUGUGUAUGUACUUUGGGGAGGGACGUCUAUUUGUAGUGCCCCAUUCUGGGGUUCUCUGAUGCAGCGUGGGUGCGCAAACACGGUACCUUCUCAAGUGUAGUUCUUUCAAAUAUAGCCAAUGCUGGAAAAUAUGAUUGCAGUGAUCUCCAUCCCUCUAUCUCUUUUGGGAAAGAGGAGCACAGCAAAGAAAAUAAGGCAGACAGAUGAUAAACUUGACCACAGUCAAACUUUGAAAGAUUAUUUUCAUUCUCCUUAGCAGGUCUGCUGCAUUCCUGGCUCAGCCCUCAAAGAUGAGGGUGACGUACGGCAGGAGGCAUGUGCCACUCAGCUGGUCCUUGCUGGGUGCUGUGCUGACACAGGUCUGACCUAAGGCUACCAAGGGGGAGGAUCCUUUAUAGGAUUGGUCCUGAUCCAUGGAUAAUAUAAUAGUGACCCUGAUAGUUAGACACCUGCCUAGUGUUCUUAUCUUGUUCCUCAGCAUCCUGCAAGGUGGGUAUUCUCAUUUCACAGCUAAAGAGAUGGGUUCAGAGCAGUUUCAGUGAUUAAUGGCAGUAAGGAUUUAAACCUAGUGCUAUUUGGCUGCAAACCCUCUGCUCCCUUUCCACCAAAUUGUUGGUUCUCCUACCUUUCCUCCUCCUCUGCACUACAAGCCAUCCUCGGAUCUCACCCCGCUGUGCAGUGCCCAAGAGGAUGCAUGAGAUACAGUUCAGGGUAAAAGCUCUUCUGGGCUCCAGCUAAAGACCUCUUGGGAAAACUACUGGGAAGCCCUGUUCUGAGUGCAGAGUGCUGGGAGGAGCUGUGGGGAAAUGGAGUUCUAGACCCUAGUGCAUUAUUUGUGUGUCCUUGAAUGGGCCCCAUAAUUUCUCCCAGCACACGUCUGCACCUAUGAGAUUGAAGAUUCAGUUCUAGAUAAUAACUAAGAACAUUGAUUCAUGUUCUGCUGCUUCCCUUUCCCCCAAGGAAGAGAUCUAGGCUCCUUCCCUCACUUACCUAGAUUAGGGCUGUUCGGGCUCAAAUUCUACUUGCAGCUGAGGAAACUUACCUGCUCUGUUGCUUACUCCUGUGCUGGCCAGCAGUGUAGAGGCAGACACACCAAGGGAAGGUGGGCCUUUGGGCCUGAAUGGAGGUCAGCCAUAUCGCAGGCUCCCAUUUUUAUACCAGCAGGUACACGGGAAACUACUCUUUUGCGAAGUCAAAUAUUUGUUGGGGGGUUGGAGUUCGGGGGAGGGAGGCGGGGGGCUGUUCUGGGCAUCAGUUGAGCAGAUGCCCAGGAUGCCUGGGGGAGACCAGCUUCCCGUACAAAUCAGAGCUCUAAAUUACAAGGUUUUUACCAACGCGAACAGUUGGGGGAAGUCGUCUGCUCUCAUUUGCGUAAUGGUUUCUGUCACUGGUGAUUAGACACAGGAUGAAGGAAAAGAAAUUUGACAAUUAGGAAUGAGCGAUCAUUAAUCUGAAUCUGUUAGGAGACAGAGAGGGGAAGGAUCCUUAUCGGUGGGCCAGCCCAGUGUGGGGAGGCCCUCCCUCUGUCCCCACCAGAGACUCUUGGGCCACGUACCCUUUCCUUGUUUCCACAAGCCGACUGAGCUGAUAUUUCUUGACAGGCUAGGUGGGCCCAGUCCCCAGCCUGAGGUGGAUACAGGAAUGGACACGUAUAGGCAUGAGCCAUCAGAGAGAGAGAGAUGAGUGUCAAUUGCAAGUGAUAGGGCAAAGGAUAACGACAGAAUAGUUGUGACAUGCUUGCUGUUUGUGGAAAAUUUUUUUUAAUUCAACACCCCAGAUACCCUUCUUGUGACAAGUAUUUGUUAUAUUCUAACACUACAGGGUGUGGAGAAAACCUAGUUUUUAUCCUGUAGGAGCUUCUACUUAGUUGGAGGGGAAACCACAUGAAACAACCAGCGGUUAUGAAGCCAUGAAUCGUGUGCCCUUGUGAGGACAAGAUGAGAGAUUGUUGACAGAUGAGGAAGAUCAGUAGAGAGCAAACCUCUGGGCUCCCCAGGGAGUAAUGUUGAUUCUUCCCCGUCAGUUCAGCCGUAGUAGUUGUGUGGAGGGCACUGAGGCCCCACCCAGAUACGUGAACAGGUAAUGAGAUCACUUCCAGUGGGCUGAGUUGUAAGGUGUGGAGAUUCCCAACCAGGAUCUUCCCAGGUCUCUGUGGUACCUGUGUUCAUUCUUCCUCUGUCUUCAAACUUCAGGGACUGUAUUAAUUUGCACUAGUUGGUAUUUGUUCCUCAGUUUUGUGACUUGUAUGUGGUGGGUUCCUUAGAUUAGAAGCUCCCUCAAAGAUUGGGGAAAAGGGUGGUUCCUUGUCUCCUGUCAGAAUGUGAACUUUGCAGACAGGACUGUUCCUCUUCCUUCAUAAGUUCCCUACCUCUGUGGCUUCUACCCUUCCAGAUCGGAUGCAGAGUUUAGUAGGGCUGCAGGGAAUGGCCCUCAGUGACUAGUUUUACCCAAAUAGGAUGGGUGCCGGGGUGCACUGAGAAGUGGCUCAUGGGGUUCCAGGGGCCCUGGCCUUUCAAGCCUGUUCUUGUCCUUCCCUGGGACCUUCGGUGCUCGUUCUCCAGUCCCUGCUGACUUCUCUGGUGUCCUCUCAAGCUUCCUGCAUUGAAGAGAUGUUCCAGUUUCCCUUUUCAGGGCUCCUCCAGUUUCUCCUACUCAGCCUCCCUCUGUCCAGUCUCCACCAAGAGCCUUUUUCCUGAACGGGCGUUGCCCUCUCUUCAAAAGCCAUGUCCAUGGCUGCAAGUGUUGGGAUAGAGUUUCUCUAGGAUCCCUCUCCCUGGGAUCAGCCCUGAGCAUGUUUGAGUCAUCUUCUCUUCUGACCUGCAGUUAGUCUGUUUGUUCUGUGCCUAUUCUGCCCACGUAGCAUUCCUUUGUUUGUUCGGUGUAGCCUGUUUAGCUUUUCUAACUCUGGUGGCUCUUCUGCUAGUCUUCAGCCGUCUGUUUAAUCCUCACAGGUCUUGGGGUCCUUAGUGGAGACUGAGCACUUUCGGUGCGUUUUUAGGGGACGGGGCCUUAGACACUAGCAACCGUGAGGCCUGAGGAUCUAUGGCCAGUGGUGCCUCCAAAGAUGGGUGAGGGGAGGGUACCCAGAGUCUUGGAUAACGGAGAAUCAUGAGGAGGGAUUGGGUAGGAGAAUCCCCAGGAGUGGGGUCAGGCCUGGCAAGCCAGGGUGGAAGAAGCAGAGUUUUGUGUUUCCAUCUGAAUGCAUCUGUGUGCCUUACGGUCCAGCAAGCAGUUCAGGGAUUGUGGUCAUCUUGUGGAUGUCUCCUGGUCUGUGGUGUCUUCGGCGAUGCUCUGAGUCACCACGUUUGGCUGAUCUCCGCAUUUCAGCGCUUGCUGGGACGGAAACCGCAUGUUGAGUAGUUUUGUGUCUGGAGCGAAGGUCUUAGAUGAGACAAGCCACGGAAGCUGGGAUAGCAGGUGAGGGAGCAGUGGUCAGCUUACCCAGAUUGUCUUCCCACUCCUCCAAGUGUUUAGGCACAAAAACUGAUUAAAGAAGUGAAAAAAACUAGGCCUUGCCUUCUUCCCCACCCGAAGUCUGGGUUUUAGGUAGUAUUUUGGGAAGGGGCAUGUGUCCUUACCUUCCAAUAGAAGCAACCUAGCGUAGUGUUUUAAAGCAUGGAUUUUGGAGUCAGAUGUGUUUGGUUCUGGUUCAGAUUUCUAGCUUUGCCACUUAUCAGCCAGGUUUGACCUUGUUGAUUGACUUUACCUCUCUGAGCCUCAGUUUCCUCAAUUACAAUAAUAUGUGUGGGGGGCGAGGGGGAGUGUUGAAAAUAUCUACCUCAGGGUUGUUGGAUUAACUGAAACGAUGUUUGUAAAGCUUUAGCACGUACCUGGCAAGCACUUAAUAAAUGGCUGUGGUGGUGGUGGUUACGUU